GCUCUGGGGCCAUGGCCGGGAGCGGGCGACUGGCGCUGCGGACGCUGCCCGGGCAGGUUUGGGUGCGGAGCUCGGGUCCGGCCGUGCUGAGCCGCUUGCGGGACGCAGCCGUGGUGCGGCCUGGCUUCCUGACCGCGGCCGAGGAGGAGACGUUGAGCCGGGAACUAGAGCCGGACCUACGCCGCCGCCGUUACGAAUACGACCACUGGGACGCGGCCAUUCACGGCUUCCGGGAGACAGAGAAGUCGCGCUGGUCGGAGGCCAGCCGGGCCAUCCUGCAGCGCGUGCGCGAGGCCGCCUUUGACCCUGGGCAGGCCCUUCUCCCCCGGGUGCACGUUCUGGACCUGGAGCCACGAGGCUACAUCAAGCCGCAUGUGGACAGCAUCAAGUUCUGCGGAGCCACCAUUGCCGGCCUGUCCUUGCUGUCAUCCAGUGUCAUGCGUCUGGUGCACACCCAGGAGCCCGCAGACUGGCUGGAACUCUUGCUGGAGCCGGGCUCCCUCUACAUCCUUAGGGGCCCCGCCCGCUAUGACUUCUCCCACGAGAUCCUGCGGGAUGAAGACUCCUUUUUUGGGGAGCGUCGGAUCCCUCGAGGCCGACGUAUCUCUGUUAUCUGCCGCUCCCCCCCUGAGGAGAUGGGGCCAGAGGAGCCUGGACAGCCCCCCGCAGUCUCCUGA